ACCACCAUCUCCGAUCUGAUCCAGAUCUCACCCGAGGACUUUUCCAAGUUCAGCGCCGUGGCGAUUGAGGACAAUAUUAAUGAGAAAUAUGCGAACAAAGUAAUUCAAAAAAUCGGGCUGUGUAUCAGCUUCUACGACUUACUAGAGUCAUCAGACGGUCUGAUCGGCCAUGGAACAGGUCUCGUGAAUGCAGUGAAAUUCCGAUUGAUCGUGUUUCGCCCAUUCAAGGGAGAGAUCAUGCUGGGCAAAAUCGCCAGUGGGACUGAACACGGUAUUAAGAUUGCCGUGGAAUUCUUCAACGACAUUUUGAUCCCGCCAGAGCUCCUUAUGCCCGGUGCUAAAUUCGACUAUGCGGACCAAGUCUGGAUCUGGGAAAAUGACGAAGGCUCAUGCUUCUACUUUGAUGUCGGUGAGGUCGUGCGGUUCCGUGUUGAAAUGGAAGAAUGGAACGAUCAGGUCCCCAAUGGACCAGAGCUGGCAGAUGGGCCGGUCAUGGAGCGCAAGUCGCCAUACUCCCUUAUUGGCUCGAUGCAGAUGGCUGGUUUGGGACCCAUCACCUGGUGGUGA